CAACCUCGACAUUCUCCAUUUUGUGACAGCGUUUCAGGCAAACCAAGCGACGUCCCGUGGAAAAGAGGCUCCUGAGAACGACUGAAAACUCCCAAGUUAGCCGACGAAUCGCUUGCUAACCAAGUUAUUAUCCGAAAGGAAAGUAAAUCUUAUCGUAUGUCCGCUAUCCAGAACCUCAAAACUUUUGACCCCUUUGCUGAUGCAACUAAGGGUGAUGACCGUCUCCCAGCCGGGACUGAGGACUACAUCCACAUAAGAAUCCAACAGAGGAACGGCAGGAAGACGCUCACCACUGUCCAGGGCAUCUCUGCCAACUAUGACAAGAAGAAGCUAGUCAAGGCCUUCAAGAAGAAGUUUGCCUGCAAUGGGACAGUAAUUGAUCACGGAGAGUAUGGUGAAGUGAUCCAGCUGCAGGGAGACCAGCGCAAAAAUAUCUGCCAGUUUCUCAUUGAUAUUGACCUGGCCAAAGAAGAACAGCUUAAAAUCCACGGCUUUUAAAGGCUGCUACUGGCCCCUCCCCCUGCUCCUCCUCGCCCUUGGCUGCCACUCGUCGCCCUUUCUCUCCCCACCCCUCCCUCUUAUCCUACCCUCCUUCUUAUGUGCUGCUGCUCCUCCUCCCCAACUCUUCCCUGUCCUAUGUAGUAGUGGCCCCAACAGCUCCCACUAGUUAAAAAAAAACACUUCUAUUAGCUUGGACAAACAUGGGACUCUGUAACGCCAAUACUCCCCUCUGCCACCAGAGGGCAGACUUGCUCUCACAAAGACAUGCCACUGCAGCGCCACACAACAUCAGGGAUGAGUGGUGAUUGACCCCCCCUCCCCUAAACUCACCCCCUCUACUCUUCCCUCUUCUUUCCAUUUUUUUUUCCCAUAAGUUUUUGUGCCACAUUAAAGAGGCACUAUUUCAUGUAACUGUUUUGUUUUGUACUACAACAGUGUUUCAAUAAAAUGAGUCUCCAUA